AUGACUCUCUGUGAAUAUUGCAGUGCUAUCGAAUUCGAGAUGCUUCGCUGUCCAACUACCGAGGAGUUACGAUAUCUCAAUACAAAAUCUGAGGUCCCAGAUUGUUAUCCCUUCAAGUCAUUUAUUCAUAAUCGACAGGCGCCUAAGUUUAGUCUUGGCCCUCAUACUCGCAUACGACAAUCCUCAUCUACUUGUUCUUUUUGUUCAGCGAUUUGCGAUGUUGUCCCUGACCAAAAAGAGAAUCCUAUCCGUGAUCUGGACUCUUUCAAAUGUGUGGCAUCAAUGAAAUCUUUUGCUCGUAUAGUGCCUAUAGAGGCUGAGGCUUGGGAUUCUAAUCGCGAUCUUAUGUAUCUGUAUAGAAUUAGUUUAUCAUGGUAUCCAAUAGUGGAUGGAGAGGAAACUGAUGAACCGGGGAUUCACAAGACUACUGACGCUGCACCUUGGUAUUACAUCGAGGAUGCUUUCCAAACUUACAAUGGAGAGAUAUAUCAGGAGAGCAACAAUAAUGAUUUGACUCCAAUUUUCCGUCUAAUUGACGUCCGGGAGAGUAAAAUUGUGGAAUUUUAUAACGCCAAUAUUGCUUCUUUUGAGUAUGCGGCAUUAAGUUAUGUGUGGGGUGGUACUCAAAGGACACUGCUCUUAAAAUCCAACCAGCAAGCGCUCCAAAGGGCUGGAUCUCUCACAGGAUGUGUUCCAAACACUAUCCAGGACGCAAUGACAUUUUCGCAGCAACUUGGAAUCCAAUAUCUAUGGGUCGAUGCUCUUUGUAUAAUUCAAGACAGCGAUUCUGAUAAAGCCAUACAGAUUGGUACGAUGGGAACUAUUUAUGCUCAUUCAAAGCUUACUCUUAUCGCUGCUUCCGGAAAAAAUGCCGAAGCCGGCUUACCAGGAAUUCAAAAUCCUCGAAGGGGCAAACAGACGCAAAUCGACAUCUCACCAGCGGAUACUCGAAUUUCCAUGAAGCUAAUAAGAACUUUACACCCUCACAAUAAUGGCUACUCAUUCUCGCACCAGCUUGAAGAUAGUGAAUGGAGUUGGAGAGGGUGGACUUUACAAGAACGGGCAUUAUCAAGACGUAGUAUUAUUUUCACAGAUCAACAGCUUUUCUGGGCAUGCAGGAAGUGUCAUAGACUUGAAGAAACCUAUUGCGAAACUUCAUUAGCACAUGCAAGCUUCUUCAGACUCCAAGAAACAGAGUAUUUCCUUGAUACCUCACUCAGGAAUUUCUUCGUCUCAAAUGAUGUCAUCGACCAAACUUGGUGA